UAAAAGUCCAUGUUUUGUCUCAUGCCAACGCAGACCUCUACAUCGGUACUGUCCACGUUUUUGUGCAUUUUGUCUGCUUUCUACACAGCUGCGCAAACAUGGACAACAACCACACCGUUUUAACACACAACAAUAACGCAAAAUUUAGUUAAAAAUGUAGUUAGUUAGUGAAAAUGUACGCUAGCCAUGACUUGUCCCCUGUGACAAAGCUGUCACGUUGAAGAUAUUUCCUUUUCCUUUUUCCUCCAUACCGUCCCGAUGGACACCCAGUGGGAGGGACUAAAGAGUGCAUCACCUACGGGAACAUAAAUGAACUCUCCUCUGAGAAAACACUGGCUGGAUUAGGAUGAAACAGUACUAUUAACUUGAAUCUUUCUUUGUCCUGCUUGUGGACUAGAUGUGUACGCCGAGUCGCGGACUGCAGUCAAGCCAGCCUCCACUUUGGAAAACACAGUCGCGGUGGUGUUUGAACUGAGAGGAAGCUGGCACUUGCACCAACAGUGUGAUGGCCAGUUCAGAGGAUGUGAUUGAGCCGCUGGCUCAAAGCUCAACAGCCCCAAACCUUGGCAGAAGACGCUUUUCGCACGACCUCCAUGAUCUGAGUCCUGAUGAGAUCGAUGGCCUCAUGUCCAGCAGUGAGGGUCGCCCUUUCCUUGUGGUGCAUCAUCUUCCUGAAGUAAAAGAGAAGGGUAUACCUUACUUAAUACCUGGCAUCCCUAUUACAUGCAGAGUGGACAACACAGAGAAAUACACUACUCGCUCAAAGGUUCAUGUAGGUACCCUGUACACAGUGCGGCUAACACACGGUCACUUCCACUGGACAGUGAAGAGGAAGUACAAGCACUUUCAGGAGCUGCAUCGAGACCUUUACAAGCACAAGAUGAUGAUUCACUUGCUGCCUCUGGGAAGGUUUUCAAAGGAAAGGCAACAGCUGAGAGCCUUGUCAGAGGAAAUGCCCAGCCUACACGGGACUGAACGGACCCGAAGGACCUCCAGCAAAAUGAAAUACCUUGAGGAGUACCUGAAUGGUCUGCUGGAGAAUGUGUUCUGCAGGAAUGAUCACAGCAUGCUGGAAUUCCUCUCUGUCGGUGCUCUCUCCUUCAUCACUGAUCUUGGACCCAAAGGCCUGGAGGGACCCAUCUUCAAGAGGUCAGGGGGCCACCGGAUCCAAGGCCUGAAUUGUAUCGGCCAUCAUCAGUUCUGUUUCCGCUGGUCACGACGGUGGCUGGUGGUGAAAGACUCCUUUCUGAUGUAUAUGAACAGAGACAACGGCUACAUCAACUUUGUGCUGCUGUUUGACCCAGAGUUCAAAGUGAAAGUGGGCCGUGCUUACACUGACACCAAAUACGGUGUCUGCAUUGAGAACUUCACUCGGAAUCUGAUCAUCAAAUGCAGCAGCUAUAGACAGGCUCAUUGGUGGAGUCACGAAAUAAACCAGCUGGCAGAAUCCUCUGACUUUCUUAAAGUGCAACGCUUCGACGGGUUCGCCCCUCCACGGGAGAACACGCUCACUAAAUGGUAUGUGAAUGGAAGAGGCUAUUUUGCAGACCUGGCUGAUGCUCUCGAACAAGCCAAGGAGGAAAUCUUCAUCACAGAUUGGUGGCUCAGCCCUGAAGUGUUCCUAAAGAGACCAGCAACUGAUAACUACUGGCGCCUGGAUGAGAUACUCAAACGCAAAGCAGAACAAGGAGUCAAAGUGUGCGUUUUGCUGUACAAAGAGGUGGAGCUAGCACUUGGCAUUAAUAGUGAGCACAGCAAGAGGACACUUAUGAAUAUGCAUCCAAACAUCAAGGUCAUGCGGCACCCUGACCAUGUGUCAUCGGUGGUGUUCUUCUGGGCUCACCAUGAAAAGAUAGUGGCCAUUGACCAGACAGUAGCCUUUGUGGGGGGGAUUGACCUGGCCUUUGGGAGGUGGGAUGACAGCCAGUACAGGCUAACGGACCUGGGUUUGACAGAGACGGCCGACCGCGUACCCACUGAGGAGCCCGCAGGAGAUACAAGAGACAAUGGUGUAGCUGAUGGUCCUAAACCAUCUGACCCAGAUAAGCAAGAAGAGGAGGACCCUGAAGAUCUGACUGGCAACAAGAAAUUGUGGCUUGGCAAAGACUACAGCAACUUUAUCAGGAAAGACUGGGUCCAACUGGACAGACCGUUUGAAGAUAACAUCGACCGUACUCAAGUUCCUCGCAUGCCGUGGCGUGAUCUGUCAGCAGCUAUUCAUGGCAGAGCCGCCAGGGAUGUAGCCCGUCACUUCAUCCAGCGCUGGAACUUCACCAAGAUCUUCAAAAACAAGUACAAGGACGAGUUCUACCCUUACCUUCUCCCCAAGUCUCACAAUACUGCAGACUCACUCUCAUUCACUGUCCCUGGGUCCACCAAGGCCAAAGUGCAGGUGUUGCGCUCUGCCGACCGUUGGUCUACUGGAACCUGUGAGAACUCGAUCCUCAAUGCCUACAUUCACACCAUCGAGAACAGCGAGCACUACAUCUACAUCGAGAACCAGUUCUUCAUCAGCUGUGCUGAUAGCAAGACUGUCCAUAAUGGGAUUGGCGAUGCGAUUGUGAAUCGAAUCUUGCGUGCACACAGAGACAAGAAGAAGUACAGGGUGUUUGUGGUGAUUCCUUUACUUCCUGGGUUUGAGGGAGACAUCAGUGCAGGAGGUGGAAAUGCCAUCCAAGCUAUUCUACACUUUACUUACAGGACCAUUUGCAGAGGAGAGCACUCCAUCCUGUCUAGACUUAAGGAAGUUGAGGACCAGUGGGUAGACUACAUCACAUUCUGUGGCCUGAGAACACAUUCCCAACUCUCCCAGACGCUUGUUACAGAACUCAUCUACGUUCAUAGCAAGACCCUCAUUGCUGAUGACCGCUGCUAUAUCAUUGGAUCAGCCAACAUCAAUGACCGAAGCAUGCUGGGCAGUAGAGACAGCGAGAUGGCAGUGUUUGUGGAGGAUGAAGAGCGGGUCCCAUCCGUCAUGGGAGGGGAGGAAUACCAGGCAGGACCCCUCACACUCGCUCUGCGCAAGGAGUGUUUCAGAGUCCUUGUUGGAGCUUCUUCGGACCCCAGUAUCAAUGUUGAUGACCCAAUCAGUGAUGAUUUCUUCUUCUUGUCCUGGAAAGCAGCUGCUAGAUUGAAUGCCACGAUUUAUGACAAGGUCUUUAAAUGCCUGCCCUACGACACUGUCCACAACAUGCGAGAGCUGAAAGAGUACUCCAGCCAGGAACGCCUUAGUGAAACAAACCCUGAGCAGGCCAUGGAGGAGCUGAAGGCCGUACGAGGGCUGCUGGUGUACUUCCCCCUGAAGUUUCUGUGUGAGGAGAACCUGCUGCCUCCGCUGAGCACUAAGGAAGGCAUGGCCCCUGUAGAGCUGUGGACAUAACUGCAGCUCAGCCCAGAUCAGACCACUGCAUAACACCCAAAGGACUGCUGUGCCACAUGUGCACCCUUGUAGUUCCAGCUCACCUAACAUUCAGCACAGUGCACUAAGGUAGUUGCAGUACUGGCACAUCAGCGGUGAGGGAAACACAUCACUUUAACACAAUUUAUUCGUUAAUCAUUGAUAUUUUUAUGUUGUCUUUUUGAAUGACCAUGGUCUAAUCUGAUCAUAACCACUGAAAUGUAGAUUUUAAGAUGAUUAUCUGUCAGAAUGGUAGAUUAGACUGUAUUGGCCAGUUUAUUCACAAUGGCAACGUCUGCAAAACAAAAUGAAUGUAUGACUCAGAAGAGUAUUGCGAGGUUGUAGAGGAAAUCAAGCAUCUCACAUGAUCUGGGAACAUAGUGUACAGUUAUUGGUGCAAGGUUUUUGGGUGGGUGGCUCUGUCUCUCUCUCUCUCUCUCUCUCUCUCUCUCUCUCUCUCUCUCUCUCACACACUCGCUCUCACUCUCUCCCUCCCUUCGAGGUUUCACCUCUCACUGCAGUGCCAGCAAAUCUGUCAGAACAUUUGUGGUUGUUAUGGUGACAGAUAUAAAGAGAUGGCUGGAUCGUAGCUGAAAUACAGCCUUGAUGGGGCAGAGAAGGGAGAACACUGAUAAGAGGAAUAUAACUUACUAAAUCAGGACGGCGUGCAGUGAAAUAGAAAGCAGAAUGUGGAAAGAGGACUGACAAUUUCUGCAGAAACAAAGUCAUUUUAACGGUUUUGGAUAAAUGAUCAGGUGGGAAAACUGUGGGAGAGAAAGACAAGGAGGAUUUUAAUAAGUCGCCAUGACAGCCAAGUGAAUUAAAACUUUCACCAUAUUGACAGCAGUCAAGAAAGGAACAUUCCACUAUGCGCUUGGUUUUUGGGAAACUGUUGAUUGUUUGAUUAUUGCAUUUUUCAGCCAUUUCCAUGUGGGCUCCACAAUUCUGUGUCAACGUGCCAUAAAAUACUUUGAAUUUGUUUAAGGGCAUUACAUAUUGCCAUAACACUGACUGAAUGUCAGCAUAAUGUGACUUUAAUUCAAGCUGCAGUUUCCUUGGAACAUGUCAUAUUUUUCCUAUUUUUCCUAUUUUUUUAAUUUUAGGCAUAACUUGAUAUGUAAUCAAGUCAGUUUCUUUGUUAAAACCUGUUUAUUUUCAUAACUGAGUCUUGGGUUACCAAGUGACUACUACUGAGCAAUCUGAAUAAAGACCUACCUUAUCUUAUCUGAAAAAGCAUUGGACAGAUAGGCAGGCAGGCAGGCAGUUUCUGAUUUGGAAAUAUCAUGUAAUAAUUCAACAGAACAUACAGUUGAUGUUGCAUUCCUUGUGUAUAAAAAUAGGACUCCGGUUAAUAUUAUGCAGUAACAAAAUUUUGUAAGCUUGUAAGACAUGGGUAACAGGAAAGGACUUUGAUGAGAAGAAAAUAAGGAAGUUCUAUAACAUGCGCAUGAACACUUGGGCAAAACAAUGUUACUUUGAGAAUAUUUACAUAUUUUAAGAUUUCUCAUAUGGCACACAGUCAUACCAAGUUUUAUCAGUGCCUCUCUAAAGCACCUGUAUGUAAGUUUUUAGGAAACAACCAGCAGCGAGGCAGAUAAUAGCAGCAGCAAAUGAAGCUUGUGAAUGAGACUUUAUGUUUUUUAUGCUCAUCUUUUCAGUGGUGUUCUCAUUUUACUUUUCAAUAUUGGGAAUGCUUCAUGCAUUUUAAAGAGACGUGUAUGUCAACGAAUGACUUCAAGUGAUAGAUUGUGGUACAUGACAUCACCAUAAUCCAGUCCAUUAAUCCAAAAAAAUGGAAAAUUUGACAGAGCCAGUGAAAUUGUAAAGACUGUUUCAUAAGCUUUUGUAGGCAUGCUCACAAAUCAACAGCACUACUGAGGUGGGUUUUAGUGCAAACUUGUCUGUGAAUGUGACAGAUGACAGGUGUCCCACAUGAAAAUGAUUUUCUCUACUUGAAGCACAAUUCACAGAGGAGCCAGUAAAACCAUUUGUGUUUAGAAAUGACACAGAACUGUUCACACAUUCCUUUUGAAAGAUAUUAAAAAGCCACUAUGAGCCUUUGCACUCUUGAAGCUGGGUAUUUGCUAGCUCUUAUACAGCACAAAACGACCGCCUUCAGUGACGUUCUUGGUUUAAAGGUUUUGCAGAACUGUCUGUGAUGUACUGAGAUGUACUGUUUCUAUCAUUAAUUCUAUUUUUAUUAGCCUAAUAACCAGCAUUACCUAUUCAUUUUGGUGUAUAUGUCACUAAUAUAAACUUGUGUUUUUAACUCAUUCCUAUUAUCCCUGACAGUCACUGUGUCCUUUGUGUAUAUAAAUCUGUAGAUCUGAGUCAUUACCUUGCAGUUGCUGAUGUUUAAGUUACUAACACUCAGGGGUAGAGAGAUAAUAAAUAUUCUUACUCUUCACAGUUAUGCACAACGUGUACUUUUAGGCAUGUUGCUUUUCUUGUUUCCUCAAUGAACUUGUUUUUUUAUGUAGUUUCAAACUGAAUAUCUGCUUUUACUUUUAUUUAAAAAAUCCUAAUUAGCCAAAAUGCUUAUUCAAAUCAAAAAAUGUCAGACUUCUCAUAUAAUGUUUUAUAAAAGAACAUACUGUAUAUUUGUACUUUUAAUACAUACAGGAUAAGUAAUGGCCUGUCUACUUCAUGAUGUUUGUAAACUCUAGAUGAUAGACCACUGUCUAGAUAUGUUUUUAUUAAAAAAUGCCUUCCACAGCUAGACUACUCGUAUCAUCUAGAGACACUUUGAGAGAGAAAAAGGGGAAGGAAAUCCUACUUUUUGUGAUAACAUACUCAAUGGUGACGUGAAUAUACACUGUAAACCACCACUUCCACUACUCCUGUUAAUUCCAGCAAUGUCCUUUGCUAACUUUAUAUUCUUGGAUCAAAUAAUGCAUUUUCAUGAGCAAACUGAUUACUGACAGCUGACAUCUUUUAUGGGAAAUAUGCAUUGUUUAACACAAAAUGAAAUCAUUUCUUUGUGUGAAUUCUGAAAUGUUCAAUAAAACAUCAAUGCAGUCCCCAAGCUGUUGCA